GGGGACGCGGGUGUGUGCUUCGACGGGGUUGUGCUCAGCGGGCCGAUCACUGUGGUGGUGGACCUGUCGGCGAUGGACGCGUUCGCUGACGCCCUGAACGUGACGCUGCGGCACUGCCUGCUCGCGGGCGGCGCGCUGCUGCGGAUCAGGGGUGUUGACGAGGGCGCCGCGGGUCUACUGCCUCGUGUCCUUCUGAGCAUGACGAACGUGACGGUGGAAGAGGGCACAGUCGUGCUGCAGGGAGCGCUACCGUCCGAUUCGAUCGUGCUGCUGGCAAACUCGACAAUGCGCGCAACGAGCAGUGACUCGCAGUACGUGCCGACGACACCCGGCGAGGAGAGCUUCAAGUACGGGCCGGCACUCGUGCUGGACGGCGUGCGUCUUCUGAGAACGCAGUUCGUUGUGACGCGGACGUCGCUGACGUGCGAGGGAACGACGUGUUCCGCGAUCCUCGUGGAGCACGGCCUCAACAUGAACCAGUCGAGCACUUUCUACAUGGACAACUGCGUCGUAAAAUCGUCAAUGUACGUGAUGAACUUCAUCUCGUCCGACUUGGGGGUCGGUGGCGGCUCCGUGUUCUCAGUGCAAAACAGUUCGUGGAGGUCCUCCGGAACAACGUACACCGCCGCGGCAUGGCUGUGUAGGAAUGUAGUUGUGAAUGGUGGCAGCGUGCUGCAGUUCAUGUCAAGUGUGUUCCGUGUGAACUUUAUCUUGUUCUCGGCUGACACGCUGACUGUCGACGACGGCAGCUGGUUGCUGUACCGCGACAACGAGUUCCGUGCCUACUACGUGAUGUACGUGCCAGACGAAUCACGCGUGUGGUUCCGCAAUCAGAGUGCGUGGUCGAUACUCCGCAACAGCUUCCUCCCCGGGACGUUCUCAUCGUUCUAUGCGUAUUUGGUAAACUAUUGGUAUUCUCCAGUGUUGUCGAGCUCGACUGUGUACGGUGCGUGCAACACGGUGAUGGGCACCGAUGUGACUGACUACGGGCUGAACCUCGAGCUACACGUGGAAGUGACGUCACUGGACUGCGGUGAGUGCGCACAGUCGGCGGAGUGCUACGCCGCGAGGACAAGCGGCAUCAGCGGCUGCAAGUGCGAGUGCGCUCCCGGCGGCCACGGCGACCUGUGCCUGCCGGCGGCGGUCCCCGAUGGCCUCGGGCCGCUCCCCGUCUCGAACGAUACGGACAAAAACAACACGGAAGUCCCAUGCGUGUACGGCGGCAGCCUGAGCUCCGUGAGUUAUCCUGACUCCGGUGUGCUCGGGCUGUGCUUUGUCGACGUCACCUUCACGGCUCCCAUCACAAUCGAUGCGCAUUUGUUCGACGCGCCGCAGCAGAUAAUCAACAUCACGCUGCUGCGGUGCUUCCUGUCUGGGAUGGCGAUCACAGCAGGCGGGGAGCGCGUGUACGUGAACGUGUCAUCCUCAUCGUUGGAGACGAGUUAUGUGCAAAUUAUGGGUAGUUUUGGGGAGAACUCUCAGAUCCUGUUCGUGGACAAUGUGUUUUUAACGGCAAUCAUCUACGGCUUGUACAUCCAGUGCACUCUCGGUGUGAACUCGACGAUGUUACUUCUGCGCAACCGCAUCGCUGCGUCCAGUUCCGCUGUGUAUUUCAGCACCCCUGUGGUGCUCGACGGGAGCGGUAUCAUCAUACAGGAAAGCACGCUGAUGACAGAAGGCAAAGAUUUCUACGCAUAUUCUGCUGUUUACAUAAACUCGCUAAGCGCGAUGAAUGGCGGCUAUUUGAGCAUUGAAAACUGUACGAUGGACGCUGCCACCGGCGUGAUCAUCAUGAGUGGCGGCACCGUGGCGUCCAGGGGGUUGCUGAGUGUGGCGAACUCCACCUUCGUUGGCAGCACAGAGGUUCCGACUACCGCGCUGGUGCUUCUGUACGACGAUAUGAUAUUUUCUGGUGGAGCACAGUGGCGUGUGGUGAACAACAAUGUGCGUUCUGCGUCGAUCUUCUAUCUGAUGGGCAACUACACCAUGAGUUUGGCGGACAGCGGCACCACCGUGGUGCUUGCACACAACCGUCAGGAAGGGUCGGCGCCGCCGUUUGCUCAGGUGACGACAUCGACAACGACUGUGGCGCCGCCCGCGCAGUUUGUGGUGGGGUGCAACAUGCAGGACGGCACGGAGAUCGCGUACGACGGCGUUUUCUUGAAUGUGACGGAGUUUGUCUGCGGCACAUGCAACAAUGACGCGGCGUGCUACAUGCCCAAGACAAGUUCGGUUGCAAGCGGCACGUGCUCAUGCACCUGCGAGGAUGGAGGGCAUGGGCCGCAGUGUCUGCCCUUCGAGGUGCCCGACGUCGCUCUGCUGCCCACGCCGGAGAGGCCCGUGGACACUGACACGAGCUGCGUCGCGGACCAGACGCUGACGACCCUCUCGCUGAACAUGUGGAAGACGCACCACUGCUACGUCGGUGUAACGUUCAGCGGCACGGGUGCCGUAGCGACUUUUCGGUUCGUGCAGAUGCCGCUGCAGCACCCCAUCAACAUCACUUUCUCUGGGUGUACUUUCCUCGGAGGGGCCGCGCUGCACUUCGUGGGUGGAAGCACGGCGGCCGAGAACUCCGGCGUCUUGGUGCGCGUGAGCAAGAUAGUGAUGGAGUCGUCUGUCGUAUCGUUUUCGGGCGGAAUGCCGCCCGGUUCCGACAUUGCCGUAACGGAGGUAGACGCUGCGCAGUCGUCCUCAGUCUUGUUACCAGGAGGUAAUUUCAACACGAUGAGCGUUGUUGCGUUGCAGAAUGUGGCGCUCUACGCCUCGUCUUCGCUGCUGAUCAGCAACGUAAAUGCCACUAGAAUGGGCCCUGGUGGUGGGCAAGGUGUGUACUCGACGGGGACAUUGACGCUGGAGAAUGGCAGCUCGCUGUAUGUGAGGUACUGUCGCUUUGCAGGGUACACGUACUUGUUCUAUGUGUUCACUGCCAGUGUUAGGGAUCACUCCGUGGUUGCGUUGCUCAACAGCACGAUGACGUUGGGGACCAGCCUCCUAUACCAAUUCCUGACAAUCGAGAUACAGGACAGCAGUGUUUUCCGGGUUGUGGGGAAUAGUGGCCCUGUGACCAACGGCAUUUUCCUGUAUGAUACUUGGACCGUCCAGGGGUCGAGCUGGCUGGAUUGGCGCGACAACGACGUCGGACAGGGUUCCCUAUUUUGGUACUCUUCGUUUUUCAGUGCUGUUGACAUUGACGGCAGCAGCGUGUUGACGCUGACGGGCUGCAAGAUGAGCUCCACGGGCCUGGGUGGCUCACUG